AUGCUGGAUUUCAUGGACUAUGUCCAGACUGCUUUCCACCGCACCUCGCGCUGGAAUGUCGAUAACAGUUAUGCCUCCUUGACCACGACCUCGACGAACCUCCUCGACUUCCGAAUUCCCUCCGGCAUUCGCCUCCACGUAUCCUCGCUUUCAGCACCAAAUUUCGCGACCAGCUAUACAUUGGGGAGCAGAGGGGUCGUUGAUGGCUCGCUCAGCUUCCUGUACACCAGUCUUGGGCUGCAAGUCGCGAGCCGGAGCAGCGAGGUCUAUUUGAGCAGCCUAGUCAGAGGGUACAGGCAUUUGCAAGAGCUGGAGAAACCGGGCGAAAGUCGGUGGAAAGACUUAUUGGAAAGGGGACAGCGAAAGGACGCGUUGCUGUAUGGGAGACUGUACCUGCCGUCCAGCACUCUGGAAGCAUUGUAUCUGAGACGCAUAUCGCCUACACGCCUUCUACGCGUGAACUGCGUUUCUGAUGGCAAUCUUCCGAAUGGUGGCUCACUACUGGCAGUCUUGCAGAAUGACUUUGGGAAAUACAGUACAGAGUAUUUGUACUCAACCGACUCUGCCUUGAUUGGAGUGAGAGGACUCUACAACUUUGGCUUUGAUCCACGAUUCCCGAAUUUCCAACCUGCAUCACGUCCUCCUGCUCAUCCCUGGGAUCACCAAAAUGGCAGACUCAGUGCUGGUGCAGAGGCAUAUUUCAGCCCACUCAACAAAAGCGGCGGGAUCAGUACGGGUCUGCGAUUUACCACUCUUCCUAUUCACACCGGAUUCCCAUACACCAUGGCUUUGACGAUCAAUCCUCUGAUGGGCAAUCUGAGCUCUACAUACGCUGUCAAAGCAGGUUCCAAUUUGGCGCUCUGCUCGCGUUUCGACUUCAACGUGUACAGCUACGAGAGUGAGGUAGUUGUGGGCAUGGAGCUGUGGCACCGCAAGCAACCCGAGGCGGAGGUGAUGUGGGCAACCGAGAAGCUCAGAACUGGCUGGGCGCGAAGCGAUGCCGACGUGAAUGGGGUGCUGAAGGCUCGUGUGGACAAUCACGGAAAAGUCGGACUGCUGUGGGAAUGUCGCGCGAAAGAGUUGCUGCUCAGUCUCGGUGCUGGUAUUGACCUGAAGAAGCGCGACAGGAUGCUGGGGAGCGUAGGUAUCGAUAUCAGUUACUCCACUUGA